AUGAGCAACGACAGUGACAAUGAUAGCGAGAAGAACGAGGGUGGGCUCAAUUUGGCCGGCUUUCUGUUCGGUAACGUCGACGAGCACGGUCACCUCGAUGGAGACUUUCUGGACGAGGAGGCGAAGCAACAGCUGUCGUCACUGUCCCGCAUGGGUCUGUCGUCGUUUUUGUCGGCGAUGCUGCACGACGAUGGCGACGCGGCGGACAAACCGCCUUCCGACAGUGACAGCGAUGAUUCCUCCUCGAGCGAUGACGAUCUAAGGCGGCGACGGUACGACGACGACAGCGAUGGUGCGAGCUACAAAAUCAAAGCAGACUCGGCAGUCGAUUACUCUGACAUUCAGGAGCUGGCCGAAGAAGCCGAGGCCAAGAAAUCGAAAGCAUCCGACGAGGAAGGUGCCGAUGGCGAUGGCGACGGCGCAAAAGAUGGAGUGAAAGCGGAUCUGGCCGACGAUAUCGAAGCGGCCAUUCCGAGCAAUCGGGUCGACGUGAAGGCUAGCAAUGCGGCCGGGGACACGAAGAAGACGGGCGAAGACGGUGCCGGGGCAACGGACACGGACGGCGAAGUGAACGAUAAGGAGCUUAUGCCACCACCGACCGCGCCGGUUAGCGGUGACGGAGCCACCACUCCGUUGUCCACUAACGAUGAGUCGUCGAAGGACAAGCCGAAAAAACUGGAAACUCCACUGGCCGCGAUGCUGCCAUCGAAGUAUCAAAAUGUGGACGUCCGCGAGUUUUUCCCCGACUUCCGGCCCGACAAAGUGUUGCGCUUCUCGAGACUGUUUGGACCGGGCAAGAUCUCGAGCUUGCCGCAAAUCUGGCGCAGUGUGCGCCGAAGGCGUAACAAGAAGAACCACCAGCAGUCGCGCAAACCCCGCGAUGGGUCCGAUUCGACUUCGGAUUCGGACGAACCGAGGCGCCGCCAGCGAUUCCAACCGUUGUACCCGCCGACGCCACCGCGUGAUGAGUGGGCCUCGGAUGAGGAGCUGCGCUUCACGAGCUACGCGGCCGACGAGGAGAAGGAGGUGAAGGACAAAGAGUCCGACAGUAGAGGCGAUUCGAAGCCGAAAGUGGCCGAUUGGCGCUUUGGGCCGGCCCAAGUGUGGUACGAUAUGUUGGAUGUGCCGGAAACAGGCGAAGACUUUAACUACGGCUUCAAGGUGGGUGAUGCGGGCAAACUCGAGGCCCUGCCAUCAGUAACGGCUCCAACCAACACGGCCAUCCCGGACGAUGCGUUCCUGAUGGUAUCGCAGCUCCACUGGGAAGACGACGUCGUGUGGGACGGGAACGACAUCAAGCACAAGGUGCUGCAGAAACUGAACUCCAAGGUGAACGCGGCCGGGUGGCUUCCGUCGAGCGGAUCGCGGACGGCCGGUGCCUUCAGUCAACCGGGGAAAAGCAUCCCCGCCACACCGGCCGUCACGGGCUCUGGGAAGUCAGGAAAGCUCAGCAAAACGCAAAUGAUCAUCAAUGCGGCCCAAAAGGCACAGGAAGAGAACGACGACACGUGGUACAGCAUCUUCCCGGUAGAGAACGAGGAACUCGUGUACGGUAAGUGGGAGGACGAGGUAAUCUGGGACGCCGAGGCGGUCGGAAAGAUCCCGAAACCGAAGGUGCUUACGCUCGAUCCGAACGAUGAGAACAUCAUCCUCGGCAUCCCGGACGAUAUCGAUCCGUCGAAGAUCGUGCGUAACACCGGUCCCCAGCCGAAGGUGAAGAUCCCGCAUCCGCACGUGAAGAAGUCCAAAAUCUUGCUCGGCAAGGCGGGUGUGAUUAACGUGCUGGCGGAGGACACGCCACCACCGCCACCGAAAAGUCCCGAUCGCGAUCCAUACAACAUUUCGAACGAUGUGUACUACAUGACCAAGUCGACCGAGGCCACGCUUAAGAUAAAGGUCGGCGGCGGCAAUCUGUUGCAGCACUCGACCCCGGUCGUCGAGUUGCGAUCCCCCUUCGUACCGACGCACAUGGGGCCGAUGAAAUUGCGCGCCUUCCACCGGCCGCCGAUGAAGAAGUACUCGCACGGUGCGCUCGCCUCGGCCACACCGCAAUCGGUGCACCCGCUACAGAAGCACAUCAAGAAGAAGGCCAAACAGCGCGAACUGGAGCGGAUCGCGUCCGGUGGCGGGGACGUGUUCUUCAUGCGCACUCCGGACGAUCUGACCGGGCGGGACGGCGAGCUGAUACUGAUCGAGUUCUGCGAGGAGCAUCCGCCGCUCAUGAACCAGGUCGGGAUGGCAUCGAAGAUUAGAAACUUCUACAAGCGCAAAAUUGGCAAAGAUCCAGGUCCGCCCGAGUUCCGGUUCGGUGAAACACACUACGCACACACGUCGCCCUUCCUCGGCAUCCUGCACCACGGCCAGUGCAUACAGGCGAUCGAGAACAACAUGUACCGGGCGCCGAUCUAUCCGCAGCCGAUCGGUGACACCGACUUUCUGGUGAUCCGGACGCGCAACAGUUACUUUGUGCGCGAAAUGGACGCCCUGUUCACGGCCGGUCAAGAGUGUCCACUGUACGAGGUGCCGGGCCCAAACUCGAAGCGGGCCAACAACUUUGUGCGGGACUUUCUGCAGGUGUUUAUCUAUCGGCUGUUUUGGAAGAGCCGCGACAACCCGCGCAAGAUCCGGAUGGACGACAUUAAGAAGGCGUUUCCGGCGCACUCGGAGAGCAGCAUCCGGAAGCGGCUCAAGCUGUGUGCCGAUUUCAAGCGCACCGGUAUGGAUUCGAACUUUUGGGUCAUCAAGCCCGAGUUCCGGCUCCCGUCGGAGGAGGAAAUCCGAGCGAUGGUGUCGCCGGAGCAGUGCUGUGCGUACUUCAGUAUGAUUGCGGCCGAGCAACGGCUGAAGGAUGCCGGAUAUGGGGAGAAGUUUAUCUUCGCCCAGCAGGAAGACGACGAUGAAGAGAUGCAGCUCAAGAUGGAUGACGAGGUGAAGGUGGCUCCUUGGAAUACGACGCGCGCCUACAUUCAGGCCAUGCGUGGAAAGUGUAUUCUGCAGCUGAACGGACCGGCCGAUCCCACCGGGUGUGGGGAAGGUUUCUCGUACGUCCGCAUGCCCAACAAACCGACGCAACAAAACAAAGAGGAAACCGAAAGCCAACCGAAACGAACCGUCACCGGUACUGAUGCCGAUCUGCGGCGGCUGUCGUUGAACAACGCGAAGGCACUGCUCCGCAAGUUCCAGGUGCCGGAGGAGGAGAUCAAAAAACUGUCGCGCUGGGAGGUGAUCGACGUCGUGCGCACACUCUCGACGGAGAAAGCGAAGGCGGGCGAGGAGGGCAUGGACAAGUUCUCGCGCGGCAAUCGGUUCUCGAUCGCCGAGCACCAGGAGCGCUACAAGGAGGAGUGCCAGCGGAUCUUCGAUCUCCAGAACCGGGUGCUCGCCUCGGCCGAGGUCCUGUCGACGGACGAGGGCGAAUCGACCGCGUCGGAGGAGUCGGACCUGGAAGAGUUGGGCAAGAAUCUGGAAAACAUGCUGGCCAACAAGAAGACUUCGACGCAACUGUCUCUCGAGCGGGAAGAGCAGGAGCGCCAGGAGUUGCUGCGCAAGAUCAUGGAGGAGCAGGGUGGCAGUGGGGGCGGCGGUGGCGCCGGCACAGGUCCCGGAGGGCAGAAGAAGAAGAAGGAUGACGAUGGCCUGAAGGACGAGCAGACAUCGCCGAACUCGAAGAUAUUGAAGAUCACGCGCACAUUCAAGAACGCCGAGGGGCGCGAGUAUACGCGCGUCGAGCUGGUCCGGCGCAGCCCGGUGAUCGAUGCGUACGUGAAGAUACGGACUACCAAGGACGAAGCGUUCAUACGCCAGUUUGCCACACUCGACGAGGCGCAGAAGGAGGAGAUGAAACGCGAGAAGCGCCGUAUCCAGGAGCAGCUGCGACGAAUCAAGCGCAACCAGCAGAAGAUUGGCAUGCUGCAGAACCAGGGCCUGCACAGUUCCGUUGGAACGCCGAUCAGUCUGGGCGAUCGGGAAACGUUCACUCCGAAGUCGUUCAGCAGUCGAUCGAUGUUUGGUGAUCGUGCUGAGCGCGGUGGCGGGGGCAGAGACGGAGGAGGUACCAGUGGCGCUAGUGGCUUCGGUGGCAGUGCUGGUGGCGGAGGUAGUGGUGGUGGCGGCGAUAGAAGUCGGCGCGGAAGCAACGAGCAGCCCAGCACACCGCUCCAUCCGUCGGCCAAGGAGCACAGUCCAUCGGCGUCGUCCUCCCGGCGGAAGGCGAAGAUCAAGCCGGAUCUGAAGCUCAAGUGUGGCGCCUGCGGUCAGGUGGGUCACAUGCGCACCAACAAGGCGUGCCCGCAGUACUCGGGCAUCCUGGCCACGCCCUCACUCACGGUGGCCAUGACCGAGGAGCAGGAAGAGGAGAUCGAGAAGGAGCUGAACGCGGACGACGAGGAUCUGGUGAAUGUGGACGGUACGAAGGUGAAGCUGAGCGGAAAGUUGCUGAAGCGCCACGAAGAUGUGCGCCGCCGGACGCUGCUGCUGAAGGUGCCGAAGGAUGCGGUCAGCAAGAAGCGCCGCCGGGUUGGCGGCGAUUCGCACUGUGACUAUCUGCAGCGCCACAACAAAACUACCAACCGGCAGCGCACGGAUCCGGUGGUCGUGUUUUCGUCGGUGUUGGAGCAGAUCCUGAACGAGCUACGCGAUAUGCCCGACGUGCAACCGUUCAUGUUCCCGGUGAACGCCAAGCAGGUGGUCGACUAUCAUCGCAUCGUGCAGCGCCCAAUGGAUCUGCAGACGAUCCGGGAACACAUCCGGCAGAAGAAGUACCAAACGCGGGACGAGUUCCUGGCCGACGUCAAUCAGAUCGUGGAGAACUCGGCGCUGUACAACGGGGCCAAGAGCUCGCUGACGGUGGCCGCCCAGCGGAUGCAGCAAAAGUGCAAAGAGCGUCUGCAGGAGCGUGAGGAGCGUUUGACGCGGCUGGAAAAGAGCAUCAACCCGCUGCUGGACGACGACGAUCAGGUGGCCUUGUCGUACAUCCUGAGCGAGUACGUGAAUGGGCCGCUAAAGGCGAUGCCGGAAAGCUGGCCGUUCCUGAAGCCCGUCAACAAGCGGCUGGUGAAGGACUACUACACCAUCAUCCGGCGCCCGAUGGACCUGGAGAAGGUGUCGAAGAAGGUCGCCUCGCACAAGUACCACUCGCGGGCCGACUUUCUGGCCGACAUCCAGCUGAUCGCGGACAACAGCCAGCAGUACAAUGGGCCGGACGCGAACUUUACCAAACAGGCGCGCCAGAUGGUGGAAGCCACACGACAAGCGCUCGACACGAUGGACGAUCACGUGGCGCAGCUCGAGCGGAACAUUGCGCUGGUGCAGGAGCGGGCCCGGAACGAGGACGACGAUCUCGACUGGGAGGAUGACGAGCACGGCCAGGGAGGGGUCGGUGGUUCCCGCGAUACUACGCCCGAGCCGGACGAUGGCGGCGACGACAGCAACCCUGAGCGUCCACCAUCGUCGACCGAUCAGCAGCGCGGGCACGAUGGUGAUCUGAAGCGAUCGCGUAUGCGACCGCGCAAGGGUGGCAACAACGAGGAUUUUGCUGGCCGACCGUAUGCCUUGCCCUUCCCGAUUGUGCGACCUAAUCCGUCGUAUCGUGGCGGUCUGAUGCGCCCAUUUGGUGACACGCCGGGCCGGCCCACGAGCCCCCGGGCCAGUACUGCGAUUGUGCGUAGCAGCAGUAGCACGGUUCCGGUGCACAUGGUGCACAACAAUCCGGCCGCUUCGGCAUACGAAAUGAACUGGAUGAAUCUGAAUGCCACCGAGUAUGAGGAAUUCGGGCCGGCGGUGGACCAGAACCUCCCGGACGGCUUUCACGAACCACCCAAUUGCGCUGGACAGUUCGAGCAGAGCGAACUGCGGCCAUUUCCACCACUCAAACACCGUCGGCGUGAUAAUCAGUAUUCAACCGACGACGAGGAAUUCGAGGAAGUGGGAAUGAGCGACAACGAAGGCGUUUCGGUGACGCUGGAGCAAUCGAACACAACCUCGAGCAUGAUGCCGGCCCACAGCGAGGACGACAGUCAGCAGGCGGCCGAAGCGAUGGUACAGCUCAGCGGCACCCAGUACUACAACGUGACGCAGGAGGAAUCGAUGGAGAUCGAUCCGAACUACGAUCCGAGCGAUUUCUUGGGCAUGUCAAGUCGUCGCCCUGAGCCAGCUGCCGGCAGUAGCGUGGCUUCCAGCGAUUCGAACGUGUUCCAGCAGCAGCAAGCGGAUGGAACCUUCUUGGUCGGACCCGAGCAGAUGCAAACCGUCAGCGGCGACUAUCAGCAACAGUCGUUCCAAUUCCAACCGGACACGGGCAUAAUAACCGUCGGUGGGGUGGACAUCGGUGGACAGGCCCCCGAACCGUACAACCCACCUACGGAAGGGCAGUCACAGGAGCAGCCAACACAGGCGCAGUUACAGACCCCACUGCCGACGCUCCAAUCGCUACACUCGGAUUUGGCCAUCUCCGACAGCGACGACGAGAAGAGCAACCUACGGAUGGAUGUUUUGCGGGAAGAAAAUGAGAAUGACGACAACGAUGAUGGCGAUGGGCUGUGGUUCUAA